CACGGAGCUCCAAAGCUGUCCAAAUAAACCGAACGAUGAGCACGAUCGGGAGAUGAUGUUGAGCACGUCUCGCCGAAUGGAAACGUCUAACGAUCUUGAGUGGAAUACUUUAAUGGAGGUCCAUCAUGAGCCGAUUGAAAAAAACUAUCAACUGCUUGAAGAGAUUGGCAAGGGUCAAUUUGCUAUUGUACGAAAAUGCCAGGAGAUAAAAACCGGAGCACUGUAUGCUGCAAAAAUCAUGAGGAAGAGACGAGUUGCCAGAGGUGUAGCUGCUGCCGACAUUGCCCGAGAAGCUGGUCUUUUAGCCCGAUUAAGGCAUCCUAAUAUUGUUUCCUUGCACAAGGUAAUAGACACAGGAACAACAGUGGUGUUGCUCUUGGAGUUGAUUACAGGAGGCGAGUUAUUUCAUUGGACUCCAUCCAGUGAAACAGAAGCUGCUCAUGUGGUGCGCCAAGUUUUAAUGGCACUUAGUCAUUUACAUUCCCACCAAGUUGCUCAUCUGGAUAUUAAACCUGAGAAUAUUUUGCUGUCGACACCACCACCGAUGCCUAGCAUUAAGCUAAUAGAUUUAGGUCUAUCGCAUCGACUGGUACCUGGUUCGGAACACAGAGCUCUAUUUGGCACACCUGAAUUUGUAGCACCGGAAAUCGUAAACUAUGAACCACUUAGUUUAGGAACUGAUCUUUGGGCUGUUGGUGUAUUAACAUAUAUUCUUCUGAGUGGAGCUUCACCAUUUUUAGGCGAGGAUAAGCAAGAGACAUAUGCAAACGUUGCUGCUUGCCAAUAUCAAUUUGACAAUGAGUAUUUUAGUAAUGUGUCUGAGAUUGCCAAAGACUUUAUACGAUCCUUGUUGAUCAAGGAUCCAAAGGAAAGGGGAAAUGCUGAAUCGUGCCUUAAACAUCCUUGGAUUCUCACGGAAUCUGAAGCUCCUCAAGGUCUCAGUGGAGCAAUGAUCAGUGCUGUGAAGCGAGGCUGUGUUGAGGCUGUCUCUCGAUUACUGUUAGAGGCGGGUGCUCUGUUAAACAUGAAAGACUCUAAAGAAGAUACUCUUUUGCAUAUAGCUUGUGAGACCGGCAACGAAGGAAUGACAAUUUUCCUGAUAGAGAGCGGAAUUAAUCUAGACACAUCGAACAAACAAGGUCUCACGGCAUUACAUGUAGCUGCUCGAUACGGGCAUAUUAAUCUGGUCAGACAUUUGUGCCUUGCUGGUUGCGACGUUGAUAAAACAAAUCGAGGGAUUCGGGCGGACGUUACGGCGAUUAAGUAUGGAUAUCCGGAUAUUGCAAAUUUAUUAGAUAAGUUGAGAAAUCCGAAUCAGCGCGAAAAUUAUAUUCGUCAGCUGCAACCGACACGCAGACCGAUAGAUCGGCUGCACAUAAGACUGCUCGGUCAUUGUGCCUCCGGAAAAACAUCAUUAAUCAAUUCUUUGAAAUCUGGGAUAUUUAGUUUCGGCUUCUUUCGGAGAUCGAGAAGCCAGAAUUGUAGUGCGAAGCGAGAACCAAGUAUCGAACUAGAUGUGACGAGUAAACAUGGUUCUCUUAGUUUUGAAUACAGCGACAAUGAGUACGAAGGUACUCAGGGGGUAGAAUGGAGUCGCGGUAACGUUGGUGGCGAAUGCGUUUUUUGGGAGUUAUGCGGACGCGAAGAAUUUCUGGCGUCUUAUCACCAUGUACUUACGUUUCAGCAACCAGCAGUGCAUCUUAUUACAGUCAGUUUGAGAGAACCGCUGACCGUUCAACUUCAGCAAAUAAAAUUCUGGCUACAAUUUAUUUUGGACCGUAUUUAUCCGAGUAACAUUGGAUUUGGCGGCAAGUGCAACGACGUAAAAGUAAUUUUAGUCGGCACUUACGCGCCGGAACCUUUAGUCCCAAAUUCUAACGGCGGCAAUCUACUCGCACCACUCUUACCGUUUCUAAAAGACUUUACAUCGAUUUUGGGGAUGGAACCUCAAAUGGUAGCACUGGACGCAACUAAUUCUUCUAGUCCUGGCCUGAAACUUCUCAGAUCUUAUUUAAAUAAUGCAAGAAUGGAAUUUUUUGAGAGAGCCUUAGUGUGGACUGGUCUCGCCGAAGCAUGGAGAUCGUACGUGCAGUCAUUGGAAGUGCCUCCGUUAAUGUUCACUCAGGAAGAAUUUCUGAACGAGGUUCGAAGGAUCAAUCCUUUAGUUUGUUUGGAACAUUGCAGACAUCUCGGUUUGCAGUUACAGAACUUAGGGGAAUGUAUUCUUCUACCUGGAAAUCUGAUAGUACUUAAUCCCGAAUGGUUUUGGCAGGACGUGCUAAAUUGGCAAUUAAGUCCAGAUCAAAGAGGACGAUUGGGCGGUCGAACCACCGGCGUUUACACUUUAGAAGAUUUUCAAGCACGAUGUCCAUGCCCCGCCGCUCAAGCUUUAAAAGCUUUACAAGCAGUCAAUUUAUGCGUUCCGUGCGAAGUAGACGAUGAUGAAGUGGAAUACGAGAUACCGUGUUUAAACCUUGUAGAGCGUCUUCCAGGUUUGUGGGAACCGUGGAAACCAUCUAAUGCGUUACCUCACGCUGGUUUACGCCUUUGCCCAGAGGAUGCGCCUUUAUACCAUCUAACUGCUAUAUUUAUGCAUUUACAGGCACAACUGAGAAAAAUUACUCAAACGUGGGAUCCAUCAAAUUCGGAUCUAUAUCAAUGGUGGCGAGGAUCAAAGCUGUGCUUGGGACCUUGCGAGAGUAUAAUCACUUUUGAGGAAGAGGAACACAGUUGCGUGGAAAUUUUAGUUCGCGGUCCAUGUGGUUCUAGUGCACAGUGUUUUGCUCUUCUCAGCGUGAUCCUGGACGCGAUGGAUACCACUAUUGAAUUAGUUGCGCCCGGAAUGUUACUUGAGAGACAUUGGUUGAGUCCAAGUCAGCUUCGAGAAUAUGAAGAGGUAAUUCACUCUUGGGCACCAGCUACCGUCACAUCAGCUUUAAUCGAUAAAGGCCUUGAAGAGGCUACCCUUAAGAAUCCUCUAAACGAUCAGCAAGAAACCGUGUGGGAGAUAGUAAGUUGCGGGCUGCCAUUAAUGGAAAAUUGUAUUCCUGGACCGAAGCAACCUGUAAAAUACAUAAAGCCUGCUGUGCAGCGGCGAUUGGCGCAGAUGUUGGAUCCUCCUGAUUAUCAUGGAAGAGAUUGGUGUUUACUCGCCGUGAGACUCGGUUUGGGGGAUCGUGUCGCCCAACUGGAUAGUACAGAGAAAGUAGAUAGUCCAACUUUGAGACUACUGAAUUGUGCGGGUACAGAAUGUACCGUCGGUUCACUGGUGCAACAAUUACGAGCGCUUGAUCGUGAAGACGCUGUGCACUUGUUGCUCACGUAUACACCAAUCUAUGUACUAUUGAUGUCCAUCGACUCCGAGACAGAGUCUAAUCUUUCCAGAUGACGCAUUCAGCAAUGGCGCAUUAGCACUUCUAGGUGUCCUUUUUUCUGAUAUGCCGCAUUUGAUGGAUAGUAUUGUCUUUCUAUUUCCGCCCAGUAAAUCGUACGUUAAUUUGUUAAGUACGUGAACGUCCUUAUAUGUAACUUAACUUUAAUGAUCG